CCGCUGCCGCCGCCGCCACAGCCGCCGGCGCCGCCACAGCAGCAGCAGCAGCCGCCGCCGCAGCCACAGCAGCCGCCGGAGGGGGGCGCGGCGCGGGCCGGCGGCCCGGCGCGGCCCGUGAGCCUGCGGGAAGUCGUGCGCUACCUCGGGGGCAGCGGCGGCGCCGGCGGCCGCCUAACCCGCGGCCGCGUGCAGGGGCUGCUAGAGGAGGAGGCGGCGGCGCGGGGCCGCCUGGAGCGCACCCGCCUCGGAGCGCUCGCGCUGCCCCGCGGGGACAGGCCCGGGCGGGCACCAUCGGCUGCCAGCGCCCGCGCGUCGCGGAGCAAGAGAGGUGGAGAAGAGCGAGUGCUUGAGAAGGAAGAGGAGGAUGAAGAUGAUGAAGAUGAAGAUGAUGAAGACGAAGUGUCUGAGGGCUCCGAGGUGCCCGAGGGUGACCGUCCUGCAGGUGCCCAGCACCAGCAGCUUAAUGGCGAGCGGGGCCCUCAGAGUGCCAAGGAGAGGAUCAAGGAGUGGACACCCUGUGGACCCCACCAGGGCCAGGAUGAAGGGCGGGGGCCAGCACCAGGCAGUGGUACCCGACAGGUGUUCUCCAUGGCCGCCAUGAAUAAGGAAGGGGGAUCAGCCUCUGCUGCCACUGGGCCAGACUCCCCAUCCCCCGUGCCUUUGCCCCCAGGAAAACCAGCCCUACCUGGGGCUGAUGGGACCCCCUUUGGCUGUCCUUCUGGGCGCAAGGAGAAGCCGGCUGAUCCUGUGGAGUGGACAGUGACAGAUGUGGUAGAGUACUUCACCGAGGCCGGCUUCCCCGAGCAGGCAACAGCUUUCCAAGAGCAGGAAAUCGAUGGCAAGUCUUUGCUGCUCAUGCAGCGCACAGAUGUGCUGACCGGCCUGUCCAUCCGCCUCGGCCCAGCCCUGAAAAUCUACGAGCACCACAUCAAGGUGCUGCAGCAAGGCCACUUUGAGGAUGACGACCCCGAUGGCUUCCUAGGCUGAGCGCCAAGCCUCGCCCCUGCCCCAGCCCAGUCCCCACCUUACACAAGACCCCCAGAGUCCGGGAGCUGGUCGGGGACACCCUCAGCCCUCAUCACAGAUUCCAGUGAGGGGGCAUGCCUACUCCUCUUUUCCCUGUGUCUCCCCAACACACACACCUCUGGCGCCCAGCACAGCCUGGACUCCCUGAUAGAGGAGUGUCGGGUGGGACAGGGCCUACUUAUUUCACCCCAGGAGGCCAACCCUCCCCCUCACCCAGUCUAGGACAUUUUUGGAAAAGUAAAAUGGGGGCUUCCCAUCUUCCCUAGAUCCUCUUCAGUUCAGCCAGAUGUUUCCUAUAUAAAUGUUUUAUUCUGUCUGUUCAUUUUGGUGGGUGGCCGUUCCCCCCUCCCCCACCACCCAGGCCCCUCCCCAGUCUGUCCCUGGCCUCCAGCCCCUGGGAGCAGCUGGGAGGGGGUCCCUGGAGCUUCCUUAUCCCUCCCAUUUCUUUCUGUUCAUUGUCGCUCCAGCUGGCUGUAUUGCUUUUUAAUAUUGCACCGAAGGUUUUUUAAAUAAAAUUUUAAAAAAA